GGCUUUUCUCCGCUGUGCCUUUCAGCUCCUCUCUCACUGUAGAAAGAGGCGUGUCCAUGGACCAGUAUAAAGUCCAAGGAGAGCUACUCGUGUUGAGCCAUUCUCAGGAGCGGGUCCUUUGCACUGCACACCAGCAAGAGGAGGAAGCUGCAGUUGUUACCUAAAACGCGGCCUUUUGAUGACCUGCUUUGCAUUUGGACACUUGCAGACCAGAUUUUUUGGCGUUUCGGUGGAAGGCGGGAGAACCUCAGGACUCAGACUCGAAGACAGAGCAGAGCUCACCUGAACACACUGGUGAUAUCCUUCCUGUUCAUUCCACCUUAAAAAAAAAAGAGUUCUUAUCACCCACGACAUUCGCCAGCUGAGCACAUCAAGAGCAGACUCCAAUUUCUGUGCUGUGAAAUUGAAUCAGAGGAACGAGAGGCAGUACAGCAGAGGCAUUGUGUGCCUGCAUUUGAAACACUAACCAGCUGAAAAUAUCAAAGAAUUUCCAGGACAAAGCGUUCCUCUCUAACCUCCUCUCAAAGUGCUUAAAAGCUGCACCACAUUCAGAAGAGAAGGAGGCCAAAGGGACCAUACACAAGGGCAAAGGACUGCGUGCAGGUGCCGGGACUGCCAUGGUGCGUGGAGGUGGCGUGGCAGUAGCUCCGUCCUGCUGGGGCCUGUGGGUGUUUGGCGCCCUGUCGCUGGCGGCGCUGUGCUUGUCAGAUCAGGCCAUUCGCUGCCCCGUGUGCUCCGAGGAGAGGCUGGCCAGCUGCCGUCUGCCGGAAGGCUGUGAAGAAACGGUGCGGGAGCCCGGCUGCGGCUGCUGCCCCACCUGUGCCCUGCCUAAAGGAGCCCACUGUGGCGUUUACUCGCCCCGAUGUGGCACGGGCCUCCGCUGCUACCCGCCGAGGGGCGUGGAGAGGCCGCUGCACUCGCUGAUGCAUGGCCAGGGGAUCUGCACUGAUGAGAGGGAGGUGGAGGAGAACUCAGCCAUGGACAGGCAGGAAGAGAUGACCCCCGAGCACCCGAACAACAGCAAUAUCCGGUGCAGUCCACAAGACAAGCGGUGCAUACAGAAGACCCUGGCCCGGCACCCUUCUAAAUCCACCAACCUGAGAAGCAACAACGCCAGAGAAGACGCCAAGGCCAUACUGGCCCCGUGUCGCGCGGAGCUACAAAGAGCAUUGGACAGGCUGGCAUCGAAUACUCGCACACACGAUGACCUCUUCACAAUCCCCAUACCCAACUGUGACAAAAAUGGAGACUUCCACGCUAAACAGUGCCACCCUGCACGUGACGGCCAGCGGGGAAAGUGCUGGUGCGUGGAUCAGAAGACGGGCCUGAGGCUGCCGGGCCCGCUGGAACUGAGAGGGGAGCUGGACUGCCACCAGUUAAUUGCUAGCCUGAGGGAUUGAAGAGGAGGGGAGCAGCGGUGGGGGGGGGGUGCAGGACCAGCUGAAUUCUACUGGUGCUUAUUAGAAGUACAUGACUAAAGGACUUCAUUCUUAAGCCUCACUCUACCCGAGGCCAGCGGUACUGGAGCUUGUGCAACAAAAAGGAAACCAUUGAAUUGAGUUCUUUUGCUAUCUUGUUUCUGUGUGUGCGAGUACGUGAUCUGAGUCUUUUGAGCACUUGUUCUGUUUUCUUUGUCUCAUGUGAACUGUAGGCCAAUAGUCUUCAGACACAUGCUUUAAAGUACCAGGUGGCAGAAGAGAAGCGCACACACUUCCAGAUAACAGUUGUAGUUGUGAUCUUUGAGAACGCAGAGCGAGCUGUUUUCUCUAGUUUAGUUUAGUAUUCUGGAAAAAAAUGCAUUCACUCCACCCAACAAUCAAACCUGAGAUCAAACAGGAGUUCUUAGCUUUUGUUUUCUUCUUUCUGGAGCACUUAAUCGCCUGGAUUUCUGGACAAUCCAGAAAGAUUCUCAAAAGACUGUGUACCAGUCUUUAUUUUUUUUUUUUAAAGUAGCUUGUUGCUUAUUCUACUAUUCUCUAUUUUGUAAAGCCCACACCUGGUAAACAAGUGAGAUCAAACCAUAAAAUGUGUUUGCUUCAGCCACGACAUCAGAGUAGCAAUAAAAGAUGGGACGAGAACAACAGAUCUAAUGGGAAAAAAAGAAACGGGGAAGAAAAGGAAUGCAUCAACCCCUGUCUCGAAUUACCAAAACGAAAAGCCGUAGCUUUUCACACCACAAAGACCAAAGUGAAAAGUGAGAUUAGUCUGCAAAUCUGUAUCUCACACAGCCCAGAAUAGUUUUGCUUCAUCACCCCGUGGUUAACGCUGCACCCCCUCCUCCUUUCUCUCUAGCAUAAAGGACUGGCAGCAUAGCUGGGCUAGAAACCCUGUGCACUGCUGAUAGGAUAAUCUUGUUUCUCCAGCUGGUGCUAAGAUGCCAGUAGGACUCUUGUGUUUGCCUGAAUAUGCUCCGACGUAGGGGAUUUCUCUCCAUACAGACUGCACGGCAGAACUUUCAGUGGUGCUACAUAUCGAUUGUGCCAAAAUACAAAAAGAGAAAAAGAAAAUGUUUCUGCACUUUUUGGGCAUUGUUUCAGAUUGGAGUGAAAAGCAGAGCCAUUAGCAUCAGCAAAUGUGAGGAUCAUCUUCAUUUGAAAAGGCUUCUCCUGCACGGUUUCAGUGUUAUUGUCAAAUGAUAAAAAUCCCACAUCGCUGCAGCUGCCUGACUGAAUGUCUCAUUGGUCGGUGCUGUAAAUAUAGAAGCAGAGUGUAAUAAACUUUAAUGACUGCGCUUUGACGGGACGACUGUGGCGUAGCAGAAACGAUAACAUAGUGAUGAUGUGGAAGGAAAAACUCCUCUGCUAAUCUGAUAUUGCUAGUUAUCAGCCAUCUGUAGGGUAUUACAAUAAUAAUUAAAGGAAUUUAUUACCAGUGCAAGAGACACAGCUUCCUAUCAUCUGCUGCGUGGGACGCUCUGGUCGUUACAGACUCAAGAAAAGACUGUUGUUGGUGUCCUGGCAGUUUGGGCCUGAGCUUCACUAGAAAAGGUUCAAAAACCAGAGAAAGUUCACAGAGAGAGAGUCGGGUCAUUUCCACAUAGAGCAGCAUUAACAUUAACCUAACAAACGAGUACAAUUUAAGACAUGCUGCGAAGAAAACGAGCUUAAAGCUUCUGUCAUAUAAUAGAAUUUAGUCUCUUUUUACUUUGAUUUUACCCAAACAACCUUUAAGCUGUAAAUGUGACUAGUUGAGCCCAACACAUCGGAGAGGUUCAUUCAGCUCCAAACUCAAACAACAAACGUGCCAUGAUAACUAUGAUUAUUAGUAGGAUUCAUUUUUGCAUUUAUAAAAGUGUGGACAGACGGAGGACAGAUAGAGUCUGAGUAAAGAAAAAUCAGUUUGGUGCUUCUCUCAUGUGUUUAUCAGGGAAGAUGGUAAAAUAUAUAACCAGUGAUGGGGGGUUCAGCCCGGCUCCUGAUAUUCUCAAUAUUAAUCUGAUCAUUUUCACUUUAUGCAACUCACUCAAAAAAAAAAAAAAAAAAAAAAAAAAGGAUUUUAAAAGAGACCUAAUGUGCUCAUUUCCAGCUCUAUUUUUAUUCUUAGAAUCUACCAGAGCAUCUUUACAUGAUUCAUAGAUUAAAUAGCUCAAAAGUGACAGUUACCUUAUACUGGGCCUCGGUGCAGCCCCUCCAUUUAUCCUCCAGUCAUUUUAGCUCCUGUUCCUCUCCCUAUAAGCCAGCUGUCUUCUGAUUGGCUGCCCAUGGGAAACAGGAGUUCAAACAAGGGUGGGCAGGGCUUUUGUGCACACAGCCAGAGCUGGGUGCUUGACAUGACCAUAUUAAGAAGUAUGUCCUCUGUUUGGCACCAUCCCAUAGAUUGCAUAUAAAGGAUGGAAGUGCCUUAAACCUGCAUUUUUAAUGGGCAGCAGGGGGCGAGUCCUCGAACUGCAAAAAGAAGUCCAGCUGUUUAAAAAGUCUGCAGGAAAACAGCCCUCAGCUCCUUUCCUCUGCGACCUCAGUAUGACUUCACAGGUUCAGUCAAUAUCCUAUCAUUUUUAUUUGACACUGUGACUGCACCGUCCUUCGGUUUCUCAGACCCGCCCCCUUGUUUGUGAGGCCUGGUUUCAAAAAGCUAAGAUGGUCAUGUGAUAACCCUCGUCACCAUGGGUAUGCCCAUCUUUUAUAUACAGUCUAGGUAUAUGAAGCUAAGAGGAAAGAGGAGAAAAAACAAACAAAAAGCAAAAACCAACAUUAAGAGCAGUCUGUAUAUAUACAUGACAAAAAAAAAGGAAAAAACAUAAUAGGUGUCCUUAUUUUUUCUUUUUUUACAAUUUUCCAUAAACUUUGUAAUGUUUAAUCAUAAUAAACAAUUUAAGCAACAAUAAUAAAACAACUUCUUUUCUUGUCUCUGUGUUGGCCUAGUUUUGCUCUCAUAUAGAAUAUGAGUCAGUUUCCACACUUUAGGUUACAGGAUAUAAAAGUAAUAAUAAAAAUCAAAAUAAAUCAAGCAAUGGUAAUCGAAUCACUGAGGUCAAUGAACAGUUUAGAGCAUUUUUUUUUAGAAACGGUGCACGUCGUCAUGAUAUGCAGUGUUACUUGUUAGCAAAAAAGAAAUCCCUCUAAAGGUAGUUGGCCUAACCACAGACAGACAGACAGACAGAAGAUGGUAUGGGUGGAGAAUAAAUGCUGCAGCUUGAGAAAUCAAAACUAAAAGUCAUUCCAAGCACCACGCGCACAAUACAACAAAGACGCCAGUUCUCAUUCAGUGAACACACAAAGACUGUUCCAGCAAAUCUUAUCUUAUAAUUCAUCAACUAAUGAAGUGUUACUAAACACAUCUGUCUGUCAGAACAAUCUUAAUCCUUCAGAGAUGGAAAAUGGUUUUGGUUUAAAGGCCUUCUAACUACAUAAAUGGUGUAUUUAAGCUAUAGUAAGUUGCUUGUCCUUUGCUGUACCGAACUGCAAUUAUGUUUCUUGACAAUAGACUGUUCCUGUUUGCAUUUGAUAUUAUCUGUUAAUGUGUAGGAUGUAUGAAGUAAUGUUUGCAUGCAUGCAGUUGGACUGGGGUUGGAAAAGGCAGAGGUCUCGUGUAUGUUUCCAGAACAGGAUUGUUAUACUUAAACACUGAAGUGAUCAAAGAACUGAAAUAUAGAGUUUCAAUGAAAUAAUCAGUUACAUUUUAAAUGUUUACCUGAUGAAAAUGUACACAUUGUAAUACAACAAUUAAAACACAUUAGAAACUA